AUAUAAUAUAUAUAAAUAGAAGAUAACAGAUGGCAAUGGCCUCUUUGAUUCAAGCAGGAUGUGUGUUUUCUCCGAUUUUCAGUAAUAAUAGCGAUAAUUGCAGCUUCAGAACCGGUUUUAUCGGUUCCAGUUCUUCUUCUUCCAACAAUUUGAAUUUCUCUUCCGUAACAAAUAGUAAUUGGAGACAUCAAGGCUUUAGAGCCCAAGCAAUGAGUACCACUACUCAUGGAGACUUUGUCGCUUCCAACCACGUUGGGAAUGGAAAAAACGAGCCCGAUCACCUUCUUGUUCUUGUUCAUGGCAUCUUGGCUAGUCCUAGUGAUUGGACAUAUGCAGAGGCGGAGUUGAAAAGGCGGCUUGGGAGAACCUUUCUGAUUUAUGCAAGUUCGGUUAACAGCCAUACUAAAACCUUUGCCGGGGUUGAUGGAGCUGGGAAGCGCUUAGCGCUUGAAGUUCUGCAAGUUGUAAAGAAGACCGAAAGCCUGAAAAGGAUUUCCGUUUUAGCUCAUUCUCUUGGGGGCUUGUUUGCAAGAUAUGCAGUUGCUGUUCUUUAUUCAGAAAGUGACUCAAGUGGUACCCAGUCUGAUAAUGGAACUGAUUCUUCAGAUGGAAAUUUACAAACUUUAUCCCCUUCAAGACGAGGAAUGAUUGCUGGACUAGAGCCAGUCAGUUUUAUUACCUUGGCUACACCACAUCUUGGGGUCCGAGGGAGAAAGCAACUUCCAUUUCUCUUAGGAGUUCCUUUUCUAGAGAAACUUGCCCCACCAAUUGCACCAGUUAUUUUUGGUCGAACCGGUAAACAACUAUUUCUUACUGAUGACAAACCCAGCAGACCACCACUGCUUCUGAGGAUGGCAUCUGAUUGUGAAGACGGAAAAUUUUUAACUGCCCUCAGUGCAUUUAGGUCUCGCACUUUGUAUGCAAAUGUAUCUUAUGAUCAUAUGGUUGGUUGGCGUACAUCCUCUAUUAGGAGGGAGAAAGAACUUGUCAAGCCCCCGCUACGAUCUUUGGAUGGUUACAAACACGUUGUCGAUGUGGAGUACUGUCCACCAUUUUCUUCUGACGGCCCUCAUUUUCCUCAGGAAGCUGCCAAAGCAAAGGCCGAGGCACAGAAUGCACCCAAUGCAACAAAUACGGUGGAAUACCAUGAACUCAUGGAAGAGGAGAUGAUACAAGGUUUACAGAAAUUGGGAUGGAAAAAAGUCGAUGUCAGUUUCCAUUCGGCGCUUUGGCCCUUCUUUGCGCACAAUAACAUACACGUGAAAAACGAAUGGUUUCAUAAUGCCGGCAUCGGAGUGAUUGCUCAUGUAGCGGAUAGUCUUAAGCAACAAGAAUCGUCUCCCUCGUAUAUCUCUGCAAGCUUGUAGCCAUGAAUUACUUGCAAGUGCGUUAUACCACUACGCUUGAAGUAUAUUGUAAAAAGUAAACUAUAAGAUGAGAUGAAGACUUUGUUUUGCACGG